CACAUAGCAUUUAAAAUACUACAAGCGGUCACCCUGGCUGCAUGCAACCUACCACUGAGUUUUUGUUAAAUUAACUAAAUAAAUCGACCCCGCACUGGACUGCGGGCGUGUGCGUACGCGGAUUAAAUAAAUAGAAAAUUGCCGUGCUGCGAAUCGGUGGAACCAAUUUAGCGACGGAGUACAAAAUAAUUGAAGUGCAUUUGGGGCUCCAGAAUUGCGUUGUUGCGUCUGUGUAGUUUGUUGUUGCUCUUGGGCUGGGUUCUAAAUGGUGAAUAUUAAUUGAAUUUAUUCUGCAAUCCCGCAUUAUUGCAAUAAUUAUAUUUCUGCCAAGCAGCCGAAGAUUGUGCCAAAAUAAAGUGAAUAAAAAACAGGUUUCUCUUGUUUGAGUGCGAAAUUGGGGAGCAUGUGUUGAGAAAGCCAAAUAAAACGAAAUCCCAGUGAUGUUGUAAGCAUUUAAAAAUAUAAACAAAAUGCAAUAAAAGAUACAUCCGUAUAAGAAAAGGUGUCACUCGGAAAAGUAAAACAUAACAACGUUAAAUUUGAGUUCAUUCUGACCCAUUGUUUUGAGUUGGAACAAAACCAGUUUAUGGAAUUUACUGCUGGAAAACUAGUGCUGCCCGUAAUAAUCACGCCUUUGAGUCAUUGUCCCGGACAACAGCCUGCCGACAGCCACUGUUAGUUCAAUGUGAUCCGCAGAGCAGAAGCAGCAGUAUCACUCAGAGAAGUACGAGUCCAAGGUCUGGAGAACGAACACACUGCCAUGUUGAUGCGGUUAAUCCUUACCGCCUGCCUAGUCCAGCUGGCUGUGGCUCAGGCAGAGCUGCGGAAACUAGAUGGUCCCAAUAUCUGCAACAAGCGGGAAAACUAUCCCGUGGAGGUUGUAUAUACGGAGCUGCAAUCCUACCAGGAGCGUGGCUCGACUUGGUGCAUGGCCAUUCCUCCACGGUGUUCCACUUAUCGGCUUAAAGAUAGAAUCGUCAAUCGAAAAAAGGUGAUAAUUAAAACUCGCGUUGUGAAGGAUUGUUGUGAUGGCUACAUCGCCAGUAAUGGAGAGUGCGUGCCACAUUGCUCGGAGCCCUGCGAACACGGCAGAUGCAUCGCCCCCGAAAAGUGCAAAUGCGAUCAUGGCUACGGAGGACCCGCCUGUGAUAUAAAUUGUCCGCCGGGCAGGUACGGCCGGAACUGCUCGAUGGAGUGCGACUGCCUGAACGGUGCCGUCUGCGAGCCCUUCUCCGGUGACUGUGAAUGCGCCAAGGGCUUUGCCGGACCUCGCUGUGCCGAGCUCUGCCCUGAAGGCCACUUUGGUGCCAACUGCUCCGAGGAGUGCCGCUGCGAGAACGGCGGCAAGUGUCACCACGUGUCCGGCGAGUGCACCUGUGCGCCGGGCUUCACGGGUCCGCUAUGCGACAUGCGCUGUCCGGACGGAAAGCACGGGGCGCAGUGCCAGCAAGACUGCCCCUGCCAGAAUGACGGAAAGUGUGAGCCGGAGACCGGAGCCUGCAUGUGCAAUCCCGGCUGGACGGGUAACGUGUGUGCCAACAAGUGCCCGGUAGGCACCUACGGACCCGGAUGUGAGCAGUCCUGCGAGUGCUACAAGGGAGCGCCUUGCCACCACAUAACCGGCCAAUGCGAGUGCCCGCCGGGAUACCAGGGCGAGCGCUGUUUCGAUGAGUGCCAGCUGAAUACAUACGGACUGAACUGCACCCAGAAGUGCGACUGCGCCAACGACGCCACCUGCAACAGGGCCACCGGAGCUUGCAUCUGCAACCCGGGAUGGCGAGGAGAGCGAUGCGAAGAGCGAAUAUGCCCCACGGACAAAUUUGGGCCGGACUGCAAUAGUACCUGCGAGUGCGAUAUGGAGCACACGGAUCAAUGUCACCCGGAGACUGGCAAGUGUGAGUGCAGCAUCGGCUGGAGCAGUGCCCAGUGCACCCGGCCGUGUACGUUCCUGCGCUACGGACUGAACUGUGAGCAGACGUGCAACUGCAAGAAUGGAGCCAAGUGCUCGCCCGUGAACGGAACCUGCUUGUGUGCCCCUGGUUGGCGCGGACCCACCUGUGAGGAGAGUUGCCUGCCCGGAACCUUCGGCCAGGAUUGCGCCCUGCGCUGCGACUGUCAAAACGGUGCAAAGUGUGUGUCGGAAACCGGGCAGUGCCUGUGCACGGCUGGCUGGAAGAACAUCAAGUGCGACAGGCCAUGCGACCUGAACCACUACGGACAGGACUGCGCCAGCGUGUGCGAUUGCCAGAACAACGCCGCCUGCAAUCCCCAGAACGGUACCUGCACCUGCGCUGCCGGUUGGACGGGCAAACGCUGCGACCGGAAAUGCGACCCCGGAAAGUUUGGACACGACUGCAGCCAGAAGUGCCGCUGCGACUUCAUGAACAGCCUAGCCUGCGACGCCACCAACGGACGAUGCGUUUGUAAACAGGACUGGGGAGGCGUCCAUUGCGAGACCAACUGUCGGACCGGUUACUAUGGUGAAAAUUGUGAUAAAGUUUGCAGAUGUCUGAACAAUUCCUCCUGCGACCCGGACUCUGGCAACUGCAUAUGCUCGGCGGGUUGGACAGGCCCUGACUGCGCUGAGCCAUGUCCGCAGGGAUUUUAUGGUAUGGAGUGCAAGGAGAGGUGUCCGGAGAUACUCCACGGAAACAAGAGCUGCGAUCACAUCACUGGAGAAAUUCUCUGCCGCACCGGCUACCUGGGUCUCACCUGCGAGCAUCCUUGCCCGGCCGGACUGUACGGACCAGGCUGCAAGCUCAAGUGCAACUGCGAGCACGGUGGCGAGUGCAACCACGUAAGUGGGCAAUGCCAAUGUUUGCCUGGUUGGACGGGAGCCAAUUGCAACGAGUCCUGUCCGACGGACACUUACGGUCAAGGCUGUGCCCAAAGGUGUAGGUGUGUGCACCACAAGGUGUGCCGGAAGAACGACGGCAUGUGCAUCUGCGAAACAGGCUGGACUGGGACACGGUGCGAGGAGGUGUGUCCGGAAGGCUUCUACGGCGAGCACUGCAUGAAUGCCUGCGCCUGUCCCUCGUCUAACUUCCAGUGCCAUGCGGCCCACGGCUGUGUCUGCCGAAGCGGCUACACCGGAGAUAACUGCGACGAGUUGAUUGCCUCCCAAAGGAUCGCUAAUCAAGGCGAUGAUUCAAGCCGCGCCAGCGUUGCCUUGACUUUGGUUCUGCUCACCCUGUUUGCCUGCAUUAUCUUUGCCGUGUUCCUAUACUACCGCCGACGAGUGUCCAAUCUGAAGACUGAGAUUGCCCACGUCCACUACACCCACGACACAAAUGCCACCGGAGGCUGGCCACCCAGCAACCACAACUUCGAUAACCCUGUCUACGGUAUGCAGGCGGAGACGCGGCUCCUGCCCAACAACAUGCGCUCCAAGAUGAACAACUUCGACCAGCGCAGCACCAUGAGCACAGACUACGCCGGUGAUGAUUCCAACGCCAGUGGAAGAGUAGGCAGCUAUUCGAUAAACUACAAUCAUGAUCUGCUCCGCAAGAACUUGAACGCGGAUCUGACUAACCCGAUUGUUUACAACGAGUCCUUAAAAGAAGAGCAUGUCUAUGACGAGAUAAAACAUAAAGAAGGCUACAAGGACCCUGUGAAAAUUUAUAGCAAGAUUUUGUUUCCCGAGGAUGAAUACGAUCAUCUGGACUACUCACGCCCGAGCACUUCCCAAAAGCCGCACUACCAUCGCAUGAACGAUGCCAUGCUGAACAUAAACCAGGACGAGGAGAAGCCAAGCAAUGUGAAGAACAUGACUGUGCUUCUCAACAAGCCUGAUCCUCCGACUGAGCCGGAGCCCCAACAAGAGAGCUUCGACAACACGAACUCCAAUCUCGACAACGUGUCGACAGCAUCGCCCAGUUCCAGUCCGGAGUUUCGAAAAUAAGCAGGCUACUCAAUAGCCAUGAAAAUAAUUUAAGGAUCGAACGAUUACUGAAGAUCGAAAACGGGGAAGAAUUAUGUAAUAUUGAUAUUUAAAUUGUUCUGUCUCGUCACGUAUGUCACGUUUUAGUCUAAUUUAUAUUAUUAAGUUUUAGUUUAAAUAUUAAGUAAUGUCAUUUGUCAAGCAUUCAAGUUUUAUUUUGCCCAGAUGAAUAGAUAUCUGCUCAAGAAAUUGUAAAUUAUUAUUUUAGGUUGAUACUAUUUUGUAAAUGUCUGCUUCAUUUGGUCUUUAACAUUUUAAACGAAAAAUCAUGCUCAUUUGAUCUAUUGUCAACUUAAGAAAAGGAUAUUUAAUUAAGUACCUAAAUAUAUAUAUACACCUCUUCCUGUUAAAAUUAUACGGGAGCGUCUCCUAGAGAAGCUCGUUUUGAAGCGAAGGUUGCAAUAAUUUUUAAAGGAACGUAUGCAUAUACAGAUUGAUAUCAAUAGGAUAUUAAGAAAAUGGUAUUUAUAUUUUUAAUGAGCCACAUACAUAUAUUUGUAGAAACAUUUUAAAAGCAACUGCAUAAACACAAGUUCAUUUAUUCAAUGUUAUCACUAUCUGUAAUACGAAUUGGCCAAAUUCUGAUAUAUUUUAGAUAAAAUGUUAAAAAGUAGCUCAAAUAUUGGAAUGUUUCGAUGUGUCAACCCUU